CAGAAUUUUUGUUUCUGGCAUUUUGCAUCAGCAAAAUAAAAAUGUUAAAUUUCCGUUACUCGCCAGCUAACAUUAUUUUCGUGCUUUCAAACUAAAGCUCCCGAAUACGUGUAUUUGCUCUAUAUUACGCCACAAAUCUUGCUGUCGCUUUCAGCCAUGCUGACAAUUUAUACUAUCAAUGACAAAGGAAAAAAAAAGUAUAUACUGAUGAAAACGCAAAAAAAAAAAAAAUAUAUAUAUAUAUAUGCACCAUGCAACGUUAAUUGAAGCGGGUGAAGAUGCGAGAAGGAGCAAAGAAUGAAUCGACACAAGCACAACCAGAGAGACGAACUGGUGAAUUAUGCAAAUGCAUAUCCUCGUAAUCCACGCGACACUUUAAAAGUUUAAAGCUGCAAAGGAAUCCGGUGUGUACGAAAGUGUGUAGGGCGGGAUAGGAGCAUGCACACUAUUUGCUGUUGGAAGCAAAGAGAAGAGAGAGAACAAGGGUGAGAGGGCUUUGGUAAUGGUGCUUUUGCUCGACAGGAAAGAAGGAUGGGAUGAGAGGUUUCACUGAGUGAAAGGUCAGUUUCUUGUCGAGAUGGAAACAAGUACUCAACUCUAUAAUACGCCCCAUUCGUGCUUCGGUCCUCGUGCGUUGAUGCAAAACCAUGGUUUUUGGUUUUGCCGAGCCCCACUCUAAGAUUUUCAGACCUCCUUUUGCAGCAAGAAACGUGGGAUCACUCGAUGUGCUAUUUUCCAACCGGGAUUGAAAAAUUGUUGUUUGGUGGACUACACAGGUUUUGAAUCCAAGACGUAGAAACAUGGGCUCUUCUGGUUUACGUUGAAGCGGAGAGCGAUGGCUUUCGUCGAAGACAAGGUUAAAACCGGAGGAUUGAUUGUUGGGGGUCAAUCUCUAGCUGCUGAGAUGAAGAUGUUGAAAGAAAUGCAGGAUCAAUCUGGGGGCCGAAAGAGUAUAAAUUCCGAGUUAUGGCAUGCUUGCGCUGGCCCACUUGUAGGCUUGCCUCAGGUGGGGAGUCUGGUUUAUUAUUUCCCUCAGGGACACAGUGAACAGGUGGCGGCUUCCACUAGAAGAACAGCAACCUCACAGAUUCCAAACUAUCCGAAUCUUCAGUCUCAGUUGCUUUGCCAAGUUCAAAAUGUUGCACUUCAUGCAGAUAAAGACACGGACGAAAUAUACGCUCAAAUGAGUCUCCAACCAUUGAAUUCUGAAAAAGAUGUAUUUCCUAUAUCUGAUUUUGGGAUGAGGCCUAGUAAACAUCCGAGUGAAUUUUUCUGCAAAACUUUGACUGCUAGUGAUACAAGCACGCACGGUGGCUUUUCUGUACCUCGCAGGGCCGCAGAAAAGCUCUUCCCUACAUUGGACUAUACCAUUCAACCCCCAACCCAAGAGCUCGUUGUCCGAGACUUACAUGAUAACACUUGGACAUUCCGACAUAUAUACCGAGGUCAGCCGAAGAGACAUCUUCUCACAACAGGUUGGAGUUUGUUUGUCGGCUCAAAGAGGCUUAAAGCUGGUGAUGCUGUUCUUUUUAUCAGGGACGAGAAAUCACAAUUGCUAGUUGGUGUUAGGCGCGCAAAUCGUCAACAGACAACAUUGCCGUCAUCAGUCCUCUCUGCGGAUAGCAUGCAUAUUGGUGUGCUAGCCGCCGCAGCUCAUGCUGCUGCUAAUCAGAGCCCGUUUACUGUUUUCUACAACCCAAGGGCAUGCACUUCAGAAUUUGUUAUUCCACUGGCUAAAUACAGAAAAGCUGUAUAUGGUACCCAACUCUCAGUUGGCAUGAGAUUCGGUAUGAUGUUUGAGACAGAGGAAUCGGGUAAGCGCAGGUAUAUGGGCACUAUAGUUGGUAUCAGUGACUUGGAUCCUUUGAGGUGGCCUGGUUCAAAGUGGAGAAAUAUUCAGGUGGAGUGGGAUGAGCCAGGGUGUGGUGAUAAGCAAAAUAGAGUUAGUGCUUGGGAAAUUGAGACUCCUGAGAGUCUUUUUAUCUUCCCUUCUUUGACUUCGAGUCUGAAACGACCAUUUCAUUCUGGAUCUUUUGGUGCAGAGAAUGAGUGGGGAACUUUGUUAAGAAGGCCUUUUAUACAAGUUCCUGAAAAUGCAAAUUUGGAGCUCCCAAACUCUUUACAAAAUCUAUACAUGGAACAUCUGAUGAAAGUUCUUUUUAAACCUCAACUGGUGAACAAUCCCGGAGCCUUUUCAUCAGUCAUGCAGCAAGAAUCUGCUGCCAAGAGUGAUGUCUCACAAGAUUUGAAGAAGACAAUAGCGACAGAUAACCAAAAAGCACGUAUCAUGUGUUCAGGGAGCGUACUGCCAAAAAAUCGAGAUCAUUCUCAAUCUCUCCCUGACCAAUCUAAUGCCUUCAACUUGCAUUCUCUGUUGAAAAGUGAUGAAGCUGGCAAACAGCAUCCGCUGCCAAAAAUUGAGAAUGCUCAAUCGUCUGGAGCAGUUUCUGAUAAGGCGCCGUUAGAGUCUGUGGACUUAACUGAUCAUAUCAUCGACUGCCCUUCAAUAGAAGGUAAAGCAGCGGUGAACCCUAUGAACCCACCAGGCCAUGCGAGCCAAAUGGCAUUGCUUAAUCAAAACCAGAGUCCGUGGCCCGGGCAGCCUCAGUUAGAAUCAACAAUAUCUCAUUCUCAAAUGGUUGAUAUUCCUCAAUCUGAUUAUGCUCUUUUAAAUGGCCUGCUUCCUCAGGCGGAUGUUGAUGAAUGGAUGUUGUAUUGCUCCUCGCAAUCUUUUCCUGGAUUGAGUAGAUCAGCCGGGCCUUUGCAAGAACAGUCUCCGCUUCUCCCACAAGCAGUUAAUACUCCUUUGCCCUCCGUGAGUCCAGAAAUGUGGGAUCAUUAUCUCAAAAAUUUCAAGUCGUCACCUCAAGCAGACCAGUUAACAACCAUCUCACAGCAAGGGUUGCAGAAUUUUAACUGUGUAUCUAAUUCAAACAAUCUGAGGGAUCUAUCAGCUGAGAGCAAUAACCAAAGCGGGGUGUAUAGUGGUGUCAAUGUUGAUGCUAGUUACAGUGUAAGUACUAUGGUUGAUCCUUCUACUUCGAGUACCAUUUUGGAUGAUUUUUGCGUGUUGAAGGAGGAUGGGGACUUCCAGAACCCAUCAGAUUGCAUGGUUGGCAACUUAAGCUCGAGCCAGGACGUCCAGUCUCAGAUAACCUCCGCGAGCCUAGCUGAGUCACAUGUUUUCUCUCUGCAAGACAUACCUGACAACUCAGGUGGUGGUGCAUCUUCAAGCCGUGUUGAUUUCGAUGAAAGCAGCUUCUUGCAGAAUAACUCAUGGCCGCAAGUUGCUGCGCCCGUGCGAACCUACACCAAGGUUCAAAAGGCAGGGUCAGUUGGAAGAUCAUUAGAUGUAACCACUUUUAAGAACUACGAGGAACUGAUCUCCGCAAUUGAACGGAUGUUUGGACUUGAGGGUCUGUUGAACGACACCAAAGGUUCAGGAUGGAAAUUGGUAUAUGUAGAUUAUGAAAACGACGUUCUGCUUGUUGGGGAUGAUCCUUGGGAGGAAUUCGUGGGAUGUGUCCGCUGCAUCAGGAUUUUAUCUCCCGUGGAAGUAAAACAGAUGAGCGAGGAGGGAAUGCAGCUUCUAAACAGUGCUGCGGUGCAGCAGUUCAAUGGGCCCAUGUCAGGCGGCUGCCCUUAGGACCACUAAACCGAAUUUUGCGGAUUUCCAUCUAGCUGACUUUGUCAGAAGUUUCUGGGCUUGUUCUUAUGAGUUUUUCUCAUUUAUGAAGGCGACAAGCAAUGUCUUCAAGGAUAUUAUUGUGUAGCUUGUGACGAUUGCAACGAUGAAGUAUUAUAUACUUGGACUGAUACAUUCUUAGAGACAAUUGUAAGAGCUUUAAGAAUCCAAGAUUCCAAAGAACUCA